GAAGAAGAAGAAGAAGAGGCUUUCGGCUAACGGAAGACAUUUUGAGUUUGUGCCGUCGGUCGUGUCAUCGCCGGCGUACCGUAUUGUUGGAAAGAUCGUCUUAUUUGUUCUGGCCGGCAGGUCGCUUUCACUAAAACCGACAACGCGUUUUAAAAAGAAUAACAAUUAUAUUUAACGUUUAAACGGCGUACGCGUAGCCUCGCUAGCGUCCCGUUAGCACCGAGCUAGCCACAAAAGCUAGCCAAUUUCAAUAGAGACGCUAGACUAGAUGGUUAGCAUCAUCUAGCUGGUUAGCAUCGACUAGCUGCUGGCUUGCCCUCCUCCUCGACAGCCGGUCCCUUCACACGGACAGAAUGGCUUUAAAACGAAUUAACAAGGAAUUAAAUGACUUGGCCAGAGAUCCUCCUGCUCAGUGCUCCGCUGGGCCCGUCGGAGAUGACAUGUUUCACUGGCAAGCUACUAUUAUGGGUCCUAUUGAGAGUCCUUACCAGGGCGGGGUGUUCUUCCUCACCAUUCAGUUCCCCACAGAUUAUCCCUUCAAGCCACCCAAGGUCGCCUUCACCACAAGAAUCUACCACCCAAAUAUUAACAGUAAUGGCAGCAUCUGCCUGGAUAUAUUGAGAUCACAGUGGUCUCCUGCAUUAACCAUCUCUAAAGUACUUUUGUCAAUUUGCUCUCUGUUAUGUGAUCCCAACCCUGAUGACCCGCUAGUGCCAGAGAUCGCCCGUAUCUACAAAACAGACCCCCCCAAGUACAAUAAGUUAGCCAGGGAGUGGACUGAGAAGUAUGCCAUGCUGUGAGGGUACAACAGGACAGCCCAGGAAUGGACCCAGAAAUACGCCAUGUGAUCCGUGGCACCGCUCAAGUCUCACCCACCUCAUCAUAGCUGGAAUAAACUGUCAAUUACUGUUCCAUUGGCCCAUUUUGGCCAUGCCUCCUCAUCAGCAAAUGACGGUCAUUCGUUCAGAUUUUUUUCUCUCUCUCCCCCCCCCCUCCAUCCCUCUCCCCUGGUUUAAACUGAUCGAAAUGCUUUUAUAAGCGUCAUCUGCUCUCUGCUUCCUAAAAGAUGCCAAGGGCUGAGAACUCCACCAGGAGCAUGUAACUAUCUAGACCCCAACACACACACACACAUACACAGACACACACAUACAGCCAUUUGCUUGGCUCCAAACAGGAAGGUGCCAACUCCGAAAUAAAAAUUAAAAAAAACUUAAAAUAUGGAUUUUGUUCAUAGUGUCAAGUUUCACCUGGGGUCAACAUGCUGUAAUCACAUGUCUGAGCUUGUACCAACAGCCGGUAGGAACCGGAGGUCUGAAUAUUCUACACUCACUAUUAAAACUGACUGUUUGAAUGGAGAAGUGAUUUAAAUAAAAAAAAGAAUACCUCCAGGUUAAUAAAUAAAUUUAUGCAUGUCAAUAAUAAAAGUAAUUGGUUUAUGUGCUGCUGAGUUUGAAUUGUGGCGAGUUGGAGCGCGGACGUGUCCACUUCUAAGAUUUGUUGAACUUUUUUUUUUUUUCCUUUCAGAGAUUGAUUUUUAGACCAGAGAGCCGUUAGUUUAUCCAUCAUCCACAACACUGUUUCCUCUUUUUGCACUGAAGACAUUAUUCAAAACUCGGCGGUUGAUUGAUCAACUAAUAGCUCUGCUAUGCGAUGGUUACUUUUUUUUUUGGUUUUUUUUUUUCUCAAUAAAGUUGAACA